CGUGGGCAUAUAAUUUGCCAGUCCAUCUUGACACACUGAACCAGUCACCAUGGGUCGGCUUACACCAGAACAGAAGAAAUUUUACAAAGACAAUGGUUACAUUUUACUCAAAAAUCUAAUUUCUGAAGAAGAAUUAUCGCGAGUGAUAGAUGAAUAUGACAAGUUAUUUAAGAGGAAGAAUCUGGAACAGAUGGAAAAUUCUUGGGUCGGGAAGAACGAAGACAACAGGAAAAGUGAUAGCCCUUAUACUGUAAAAGGAGUUCACAAUCUACAACACCACCAUGCUGUGUUUGGAAAGCUUCUGUACAACGAUGAGAUUUUGGACGCUCUAGAGGACGUGAUGGAGACAGAGAAUAUCAUGCUGCAUCACACCAAAGCGCAUUUCAAACCACCAGAGAAAGGGGCUUCUUACCCUAUGCACCAAGAUUACCCCUACUUCCCGUUCGAGAAGGAUUCCAUGGUGGCAGUGUUCAUCCACUUGGACCCAGCGACCCCUGAAAAUGGAGGAUUACUUGUAUACCCUGGCUCUCACAAACUUGGACCUCUAGAGGAUGUCGGGAAACUUCAGGGCAACUUCCAUUUUGUUGAUCAGAAUAAGUUCCCUAUCGAAAAAGCCACACCAGUUGUUGCUGAUCGUGGAGAUGUGGUAAUUUUCUCCUACUUCCUUGUUCAUGGCAGCACGCAGAACUUAUCUGACAAACCUCGUCGUAUGUUCCUCGCUCAAUUCGCGUCUGCAGACGAUAGGCCUAUAGGUGACCAAAGGCCCCAACCAGGAUACGGCUGGCUGCUGAGAGGCGUCAAUUUGGCAAAAGACGCUGCUACCUCAAAUCAGCAUGGUUAUAACUGAAAAAUGUGUAAAAAUUCCUACGACCACUUGGGAUGGGAUAACAAUCUCUUGCGUUUAUUAUAAUAUACCUACCUAACAAAAAUCUAAGUGUUUAUUUAAUCAAAUAAAGUAUUUUACGAAUA